AUGAAGCUUAUGCAGUUUGGCUCUUUCACCUCGAUACUAUUAGCUGUAACAUCCGUUUAUGGAUACGAUGCUAUGCAAACGACAGAGCCGCCUGAUGUUAGCUCAAAUGCCAGUACAGGUUUGUCCACCAACCAGGAGAGCCGCAUAUAUGGAGGUUUGGAGGCUGAUGUGGACAAGUACCCGUUCAUCGCAAGUCUGCGCUUUGACCCCUUCGGAAAAACGUUUUGUGGCGGCACACUAGUCGCACCGCAGUACAUUCUUACAGCUGGACAUUGCAUCAAGACAGACAAAGGACAGCUUUAUGUGUCACUCGGAUCACAGUUCAGCGCAGGGGCAGGAUCCGGUUCAGCCGAAAAGAUAAAGGUCGUCGAGGGAUACCGUCACCCGUUAUACAACAACGACAACCACCUUUACGAUGUUGGUUUGUUGAAGCUGGAGAAAUCUUCUACCCAAAAGACAUCCCCUCUGUGCGCUGAUGAUGGAUCAGACAACAAGGUUGGAACAAUGGCAACGGUUCUUGGUUGGGGGGUGACCGAAGAUCGCAAGAGCAGCUUAACACUCCAAGAAGUAAACGUAAGGGUCAUUUCAAACGCGGAAUGCAACAAGAGAUACCGGAACCGCAUCACGGAAGGUAUGAUCUGCGCUGGGAAUGGUAACGGCAAAGACUCGUGCAACGGAGACUCUGGUGGUCCACUUCUCGCCAACGGUGUGGUUGUUGGUAUUGUGAGCUGGGGCGGCAAGUGCGGCACGAAAGCGGGCGUGUACACGCGUCUGACUUACGUUAUGGAGUUUGUCGAUGACGUCCUGAAUGGUGCUGAUGACAAUAUAUUCGCUGGAACUUCGUCGACGACGGGAUCAACAAGUGACGCAGGUAAACCGAGGAAGUCUACCAGUAAAGGCACCUCAGCAGGUGAGGCAGCUUUUCCAGCAAACCCUGUGCGUGGGAGUGCCAGCGGUGUGUCCGCAAUGCAGUCAGCAAAAAUAUUGAGUGAGAUUGCUCAGAGCACUGAACUCCCCGUUAUCAAUGCCAAGCCUCGAAGCUCAAACAUUAAAGCGGAUGUCCCAACAAAUGAAGUACCGGCAUCUGGUAAAUGCGUUGUCCGUAGGCGAUAA